CCUUUGCUGGCAUCCCGCCAGCUCCCUUGGCGUGUUAGUCUUCCUGUCAGCACCUGUCACUGGGAGUUUUAUGCUUCAACCAAGCAGAGUUCAGAAGUCUGGCUGCCGCUUCUCACCAAGUGCCAAGACAAAAGCACUGCCUGUCUCCACCAGAACUGCACGGCAGGAAGGUUUGCAACUGGAGGUCUGGGGUGCUUUUCCAGCCGGGUGUGUACUUCUAAGAAGACUGAGAUAGUAAAGUGUCAGGUUUCCUUUCAGGUGACUUCCAACGACCUGCCUCAGGGAGGAGGAAGAGGAACGCACCAGUUCAUGUUGGGCGAGAAUGGCACCACCCUCCAGUCUCUGCCCGCUCCUGCUCGGAGUGCUAGGUAUCAUUACACUGGGCCACUUCACAGAAGGUCAGAACAGCCGCACACUGAUUUUCACAAGGGGAGAUACCAUUCGGAACUGCAGCUGCCCUGAGGACAUCAGGGACUGUGACUACAGUCUGGCCAGCUUGAUGUGCAACUGUAAGUCUGUCCUGCCUUUUGCCAUGGAGCAAACCAGAUAUCAUGACCACCUGACCAUCUGGUUCACAGACCCAUCCACGCUGGGCCAGCUGCUGAAAUUCACUCUGGUCCAAGACCUGAAGCUUUCCUUGUGUGGUUCCAACACUCUCCCCACCAAGUACCUGGCUAUCUGUGGGCUGAAGAGGCGUCACAUCAGUGCUGAAGCCAAGCAUCCCUCUCGGGAGCAGAGCGUGCUCAUCCACAGCAGAAGGGACAGCCAGUACAAAGGCUGGCAAACAUGUAUGUUCAUCUUACUCUUAGAUAUGGCUCUUUUUAACAGGGACUCGUCUUUAAAGUCAUACAGUGUUGAUAAUGUUCCCAGCCUCACCAGAGACCUUCCCGAUUUUCCCUACUUUAGGACUUCCCCAGUGCCAAACAACAAAAGCUAUGUUGUCACCAUCAUUUAUUAGCAUCCUGUGUCCAUCCACCAGGAACUCUGGAAAAAAGGGAUGGACCAUUUGAACAAGGAAUUUGGGAAUAAGGCCACGAGACAGGUGUUCCUAUUCCUUCUCUCGACCUCCAUUUACAACAGAGCACACCCGAGAGCAGCCGGUUCCCUCUGCUUCACUUCCAACGCUAGGGGCUGUUUGACUCCUGAGACCUGUCCUAAGAACCAGCUAGCUAGGUGUUUGCAACAGGCAGCCCAUGGCGCAAUGCCAGGUUAGAAGGGGAGAGAGGGGUGCACACCAGGAACUAUUUAUUGGAGCCCAGUAUAGGCACGGCCCUAAGGAAGGAAGGGAUUUUCUUUCAGAGCACAGUAAUCCUUCCUUAGCUGUGUGGGUACAUUCCAAGACCCUGACGAUGCCUGAUCGAGCAAACAGUACUAAACCCUAUGCAUACUGUAUUUUUCCUAAACAUAGAGACUUAUGACAAAAAUCUAAUUUAUAAAUUGAGAUCACUGUGGGAUUAACAAAGAUUGCGACAUACUGUAAGAAAGUUAUGCAGACAUGUUCUCACAUUCUAUUGCACAGUACCCAUUCUUUCCGUGACGACGGCUUCUCUUUGGCAUAGCCAAAUUUCCAGCAUUGUUGUUUUGCAUGUGAUGGCGAUUACCGAGUAAAACAUGGGUUUCUUGGAUACUAACUUGACAGUCACAACUGUCAGUCUGAUAACAGAGACAAGCCACUAGGUGCCUGAUGGUUGGCAGUGUAUAUCCUGUUUCUAUGACAGGCAAGGGGAUGGCUGUGUCCCCAGUGGAAUGGGGCAGGACUACAUUCUGGCUUAUAAGUAAAACUACAGACCAGGGACCACUGUUCCCCCUUUGCUGGUUUUCUUUUUCAUUUUGUGACGAGGCCUGGAAUUCAGUUUCCUUCAGGCUGAUAUUUCCCCAAUACUUGUUAAGAACAAGUGCAUUGAGAAAUUGGGAUUUUAAGGGUGGACUUAUGGAGAUUGGGAAGGUAUGUGAAGGAUGGGGUGGAACCUUAACACUAACGAAGGCCUGGGGUCCUAAGAGAGGACACCUAGUGAGAAUGCACAGACCACCACACACCGAGCCCCACACUCCUGCACAAAGCACGGUUCCAGGGGAAGUUUCUUUCUGGUCCCCCUCGCUCACAGAGCACGGCCUGGGCAAGGCUCUUCCGGUCCUUCCUUCUCAGUCCCCGGCUUUUGUCCGAGCAUCUUUGUUCCCUCUCUACACUGACCUCUCGUCCUUUUCCCUCUCGCUCCAGAAACCAGAACUGUCACUAGGAUUGUUAAGCCACGUUAGGGAUAGCUUGGGAAUCUAACAAUCGCUUCUAGCUCGGGACUCAAAUGAUAAAGACUUAAUUUUAAAAUGCAGUUUGGGUCCUGAGUCCAUCUGGAAGUUUAAGAAGAGAAAGUUAAGACAUUCCAUACAAGACGGUUGACACAAACCCUGUCUCGGAAAAAACAAACAAAAAACAAAAACAUGCCAUUUGUCUAAACUUAGAAUAAAACAAAGUUGAAACAUUACUGAAUUCAUGAUAAUACAAUGAUACGAAACAAUUUUAUUGUAAGAUCAUAGGUUAGUCACAUUCAUCAUUUUUUUUCCAGUCUUAACCUUAAUAAUAAGGUAACUCGACCCGAAACUUCUACAUUUGCAUAGUUGGCAGGGGAUUUGGCCAUUCGGACUAAUUAACAUGGGUCCAUAAUG